GUUUUGUUUUGAUUGUGGCGUUUUGUCAUUAUUCUCAUAAUGCUGUUGUUUCUUGUCUAAAAUAUAGUAUUUCUCCAAAUAUUUCAAUGAAAGGCAAUGAUAUCACUAAGUUUCUUGUGUCAUUUAGUGGGCAAGUAGAAUUUGUCUCGUUUCCCGCGGGAGUAUUCGAUGAACAAGUGUACAUACAGUACGAAAUAAUAUGGGGUCCAGACUGGGAGUCAGUGUCUGGUCUCGCCACUGGAUCGAGUCAAAUGUCGCGAUCUGGUAUAGAUCCAGAAAAAGUAGUCUUUAAUAUGCCAUUGGAAAUAGUUUUUGGCAGCACAAACGUAUUUGGUUGGCCCCAACUGCUCAUAACAGUGAGAGCACAGAACAGACUAAGCGGUGACUCUUUGCUUGGUUACGCUUUAAUACUGAUGCCGCCGACGUGUGGAACCAGGGUACUGACGGCCCCACUAGUCCGUCCUCAAGCGGCGACAGUGUUCGGAGAAUGGCUGGCGUGGCUCACUGGUCGGCGUCCCGAGCUGGCGGACCCUAAAAUGCUGGCCAGUGGAAAGGAGAAUUAUCUAUUGCGUACGGAGUCGUAUGACUCAGUGACGGUGAGUUUGUCAAUGGUGUCCAAAGAUCUACGUAAACUUGGCUACGACAAUCAGCCGCCAGCUGUUAGAAACAUAUCUGAUACGUAAUUGUAUAUUCAUGUAAAUAAAUAUUGAAACCUUAA